AUGGGAAAAAUUAUAAUCGAAUACCUUGAAGGCAAGAAAAUUUAUGCUUGCAAGAACUGCAAUGUUCAUCUUUCCAACCAAGACUACUUGACUUCUAAACAAUUCACAGGAAAGUCUGGAACCGCAUUUCUCUUCGAAAAAGGUGUGAACUAUCUGACAGGCAUACCAGAAGAUAAAAGACUAAGAACUGGAUUACAUACCACUCAAGACAUCAUGUGCAUCAAAUGUCAAACAUAUCUCGGAUGGAAAUAUCUUCAUGCUUAUGAGUAAUCUGAGAAGUACAAGGAAGGCAAAAUCAUUUUAGAAAAACUGUUCUUGACCAAAAUCAAGUGGAAUUGA